AUGUUUUCGGAGCGCCCGUUGCACACCAACGAGGAAAUCAUUCACUAUUACCCUCGACACGUCGAGACACACAGCUUGAUGCUCAAACUAAGGGAAUAUGGAUUGUUCAGAGAUGAACACCAAGACUUCAAAGAUGAAAUGAAAAGGCUGCGGGAGCUCAGGGGCAAAGUUAAAGUAUGGAGGAGAAAGCUAGACCAGAAGUCUGAAUAA